AUGCAUGCCAAGGGUGAUAAGGGUCACCAAUGCCUGGGUGGUACUCAGAAGCAUGAAUCUAUCACUCCAAGACCACUCGCAUCAGUACAGGAGCAAGCUGAUGAAGCAGAGGUGCCAGCAGCCUCUGAAUGUCAUGAUGGGUCACAGAAGAAGAAAAGGGACGACAUGUCCCUUGGACUACAAGACUUGACUGAUGAGGAGGACAAUGCAGAAACACAGUCAUCUGUGAUCACACAAGACGACUUCCCACCACGAAUGUCUGGGCAUAUAUUGCAAGGACAAGGUCCCAUCCAGAAUCAUGGGCAUAACUUCGAGACAGUCCAGUUAGGAGCUCAGAUCUGCACCAUGAUCAAAAGGGAGCAUAGGAAAUAUGAACAACUCAAGAUUGCAGUGAAAAAAGCGACCUUGCUGAUCACAGAUGAUUACAGUCCCACAACAGUUGUCAAGGCACACAAGAUCAUGGUUGCAAGUAGCAAUGCUGGUUCCCUCAUCCACCCUGCAAAUGAUGAUGAUACAGAGUUGGAGGAGAUAUUUCAUAGAAACAUUGUCACCUUUCGACUAAAAGUUAAAUUACUUGUGACAGACAAUGAUUCCAAUCAAGCUGCCAACAAGUUACAUUCAGAGCAGGCAAAGGUCCAGCAGCAUGCCCCAAAUGCAAGCAUAGGUCAAACUGCCAGACUUGUCACAUCAUGCCAUUGUGCAUUUACUUCCCUCGGUGCUGCCGAAAGUAUCUUCGAGGAGUGCCUGAAAGAACACAAGAAACUCCGUCCUCCAGAGAAAACUAAACGUGGCGCAUCAACACAAUCAAUGCCUACAUGGCAAAGGGAAAUGACCCGGGCCAUCCAAGAAAUGGAACAAUUUUCUGAUGCGGAGGCUGCUGAUGAAAACGAUGGCACUGCCAUUGGGGGUGAAGAUGAAAUUGGUGACGACACAGUGGAGGAGUACUGA